AUGUUUGCCCUAGUCGAUUUCGGGGUUUUUGGCAUUUUUCUGCUUCUUUCACUCCUUGUUGGUCUCUACCACGGAAUAGGACGUUCCCUGUCUUCAAAAUCAGAACAACAACCCCAACAAAACUCGAAAACAGGGGAUUUUCUAGAUGGAGGCCGUCGCCUUCCAGUCUUCCCCGUUUGCCUCUCCUUAUUAACUACUUUUGUUUCUGGCAUUGGUCUACUUGGAGUACCCGCCGAAAUUUAUACUAAAGGCUCUGGAUUGUUUAUCUAUACAAUGGCUGGAACUUUAGCCUUUCCAAUUAUUGGAAUUUUCUUUAUUCCGAUUUUUUAUAAAAUUAAGUGCCUCAAUGCUUACGAGUAUUUUGAAAUGAGGUUUAACAGCAGAACACUCCGAAGGAUUGCUACACUCAUUUUCACAUUAAACACGCUCAUAUACAUGGCUGUAGUAAUCUACGCCCCAUCAAUAGCAUUGUCUGGAGUAACUUCACUUCCAUUAUGGCCGUUUAUACUCCUUGUAGGGACUGUCUCUACAUUUUACACGGCUGCUGGUGGGAUUAAAGCGGUUAUUUGGACAGACACCCUCCAGGCAUCUUUUAUUUAUCUGGGGCUUGGCAUAAUUAUUGUGAAAGGAACGAUUGAAGCAGGAGGGGUUAGCCAUGUUCUACAGAUUAAUAGUUUAACCGGCAGAUUUGCGCAAGGAUUCAUUUUAAAUCCUUCAAUUUUACAAUAUGGCAACCUUUGGUUAGAAAUUUUUGGAGGAAUUACAAACUGGAUUUGUAUUUAUGGCCUUAAUCAAAUGGCUAUGCAAAGGGUGAAAGAUAAAAAUUUUUUAUAUUAUACGGUAGUCCAACCCAGACUUGAACAGGAAACCCAGACAUUUUCAAUUUGA